GUAAAACUUGUUAGCAGGCUGCUCUAUAACUUCCACAAACGAGUUGCAGUAUAUGUUGUGACAUGUUUUGACAGACAAAGUGAGUCUCAAAUUACAAAUGGCGACAUUCUUACCAAAAUGCGAUACUUGUAUGACAGAUGAUGCCUCUGUUUGGUGUUCAGAAUGUGAAGAAGUCAUCUGUUAUGAUUGUGAAAAACAACAUAGCCGGAUAAAAUUAACAAAGAAGCAUAAGACAAUACCUAUAGAAGAUUACCAGAAACUUCCUAGUUCUGUUGCUGACAUAAAACAGGAAUGUAAAGUUCACAAUAAAAUUUUUUAUUUUUACUGCUUAAUUCAUAGCGAGCCAUGUUGUGUGUCAUGCGUGUCUCAGGAACAUGACACGUGUAAAAAUUUGAAGCCAUUAACGGAAGUAGUGGACGGUGUGAAAUCGUCAGCUGCAUUUGAAGAUUUAGAAGAUAGGGCAAAGGACAUUAGUGAACUUAUCGGCAAUCUGAUAAAGAAUAAACAAGAUAAUAAACGAAGUUUGGCAUUUCAGAAAAAUAGAAUUAUUUCCGAAAUGCAAAAUGUCCGAAAGACCAUAAAUAUUCAUUUGGAUAAACUCGAAAAGGAUCUUUUGGGUAAAUUAGAUAACGAAGAGAAAAAGCAAUGCAAAAAUAUUGACAGUUUAAUUGAAAAGAUCUCAAAAAUGGGUAAACAUGUCGAUCAAAUAGUAAACGAUUUAAAACAGAUCAAACAACACGCAUCUGAUUUCCAAACUUUCUUUGGUUUACAUGAGUGGAAUAAGAAAAUAGAAAAGGAUGAAAAAGAUUUGAUGUCUCUACAAAGCGACAAGAUACUUGAUAGUGCUGACAUUCAUAUAGAAUAUUCGCCGAUACUUAUGAAGUUUGAGACAUACGUCAAAGAAUUCGGAAAGUUAGAAGUUAAGUCUUCUUCCUCAAAGAAAAAUGUUCUAAAGAAGGAGAAACCGGGACAGAUUAUCGUUCCUAUUUCUAACACUGUAGAUAACAUUAAAUUGACAAGUAUUCGGUCUUUCAAGACACCAGAUGGAGUAUCAAGCAACAUUUUUAUAACAGGUAUCGAUAUGUUCGACGACGGCAGAAUCGUCUUUGCAGAUAACCAACAUUUAAACAAAAGACUUGUUAUCAUGAAUCGUGAAGGCAACUUUAUAAAAAACAUACAACUUGACGAUAGGUGUUUUGAUGUUGCAGUGAUAGAUAAAGACACAGUUGCUUCAACAUUAGUUGAAAAGAAGAAAAUUGUUAUCGUUGAUGUUAAUUCGUCAAGAGUUCAACGGUAUAUACUUUCAAGUGCGGAAUGUUACGGUAUAAUUUUUUCAGGUGAACAGUUAGUCGUCAGUCUUCCCAAGACCAUUCAGUUUGUUGAUCCUUCUGGUAAUAGCUGGUCAACGUUGUCAACAGUCAAUAAAUCCAUGUAUUGUUCCGUGUUAGAUGAAAAACUUUAUUAUACCUCACACAAUAGUGAAGCCGUCUAUUCGACUAAAUUGAAUGGAGAAGUUCUUUGGAAAUUUGACUGUCAGAAAUAUGAUUAUCCGACUAGUAUAACCAACGAUGCGUCUGGAAAUAUUUUCGUAGUUUGCACCGAAAGUGAUCGUUUGAUGGUAUUAGGAAAUGAUGGGAAGACAUAUACAAUUCUCCUGACAAAAGAAAAUGGAUUGCAGAAACCUAGAGCCUUACAUUACGACCGUAAAUCCAGUACCCUCUGUGUGUGUACUUUAUCUGGACAAUGCUUUCUUUAUAAAGCUACAAACUGAAUUAUUUUUGUUCAUACCGUUGAAAAAAGCUUUUGUAUACUGUACAUAUUUUCAGAAAUUUAAGACAAAUAGCAGCAUGAUAACUUACAACAAAAAGUAAUCUUCUAGAUCCAGAUAAUGAUAAGUCUUAUGACAACUAUGUUUAACAUACACUCAUGGAAGAAGGAAAACAAGUGUGCAUGUCUUAUUUGUUUGUACUAUUUGUACAUAAACAGAUGAGUAAGAUAAUCAAAUAUUUAAGGAUUACUUUGAAAUUAUAUGAAACAACGAAAAUAAAAAAAAAUGUUUAUAAAAUUGGUCAAGAGUAUAGAAUAGUGAAUGGAAACGGGAAAUGUGUUAAAGGAACAAAACCCAAUUAAAGAGCAGAACACAGCCCUAGGCCAGAUUAUAACGCAACGAGAAAAGAGGCGGACAUCAACCCUAAACAAUAAUGUAUAUCAUUGGGUUAUUUUUUGUUAAAAAUUCAAAGACCCCUUUACUGUUUUGAUGACUUGUUAUCUAAAAAGAUAUUUCACAUGAUGACUUCGAAAAAACUUCCACUUG